AUGCGUAUCCCAGGCAGGGCACCGCCGUCUAGCCGAGGGAUAGAGGGGUUGUCUUUUACAGCAGCGGGUGCGACACUGUCGCCUGAUCCUCCUCUCGCUUCGCGCCAUGCGCUCUUCAGCCAUCACCGGGUCGUCUCUUCCCCCUCGGCCCCUGUCGCCAUUACCGGUCCGGAACCCCCCUCUCCCUCCCUCUCGUCCACCUCCUCGGCCUUCUCACCAGCGUCAGCCUUCCUCUCCCGCUUCUCCUCAACCUCAUCCUCCAAACCUCUCCCAGCGGCGUCACCAGACGGGUCAGGCUCGGUCGUCCUCGGCUACACCCUCGGCAAGGUCCUCGGUCGCGGUGGUUUCUCCACCGUCCGCCUAGCCACCAACGCCCGAGGCGAGCAGUACGCCUGCAAAAUUGUCAAGCGGGACGACCUGUCAGACCGCUCCGGCUCACUCGAAAAGUUCGAGGAAGAAAUCCGUAUCCUCCAAUCUCUCCCUCGCCAUCCCUCCCUCCUCCCCCUACUCGAGAUGGAGCGCUCGGACUAUGCUACCUUUCUCAUCACGCCCGCGAUGCUCGGCGGGAACCUUCUGGAUGUUCUGCGAAGGGAAGGAGGGUCGGACCGGACGGCGCGGAAAUGGUUUCCGGGCGUAGUGGACGCCGUGGCGGCGAUGCACGAGGGGUAUGAGGGGUUUAGCGGGGGGAUGCUCCAUGGGGAUUUGAAGCUGGACAACUUUUUGGUGGAUCACGACGGGAGGGUGGUGGUGUGUGAUUUUUACAUGGCGCAGAUCAUCACCAAUACGACGGUCCCUCCUCCUGUGCGCCGACCCCGCGCGUCCGUCCCGACCCACCUCGAACCCAUCGGUCUUCCCCCUCACUUUCCUUCUGCUUCCCUCCCUUACGCCCCGCCCGAGCUCCUCUCCCAUCCCCCGACACCUCCAUGUCUCGCGCAAGACAUCUGGGCGCUCGGCGUCGUCCUUUACGCCCUCCUUACUGGCAAGCUCCCCUUUGUCGACGCGUUCGAUCCGCGGCUCCAACAGAAGAUUCUGCUCGGGCGGUGGGAAGUCCCA